AUGAAUCAACUCAACCUACUACUUGUAUUCUGCCUUCUCGCACUCACCGCCCUUCCAGCAUUCUCUCAAUCCGACCGGCCCGGUAUGGCCUUGGAUACUAUGGGCGCUUUCGAGGAUGACGCUGCUGGUGCCAAUGAGGACUCGCCACGAUUCAAGAGAUGGGGAGGAUGGGGAGGACGUGGAUACGGAGGUGGAUACGGACGUGGCGGAUAUGGAGGAUACGGACGUGGCGGAUACGGUGGAUGGGGACGUGGCGGAUACGGUGGCGGAUUUGGACGUGGAUACGGAGGAUGGGGAAAGUAA